GGGCAGCACAGCCCAAUGGGUCAGAAGGGCCACAAAGACUCCCUUUACCCUUGUGCAGGGCCAUCAGUGAGCAGCCUCCAUGAGGCCCUGGACCAGUGCAUGACUGCCUUGGACCUCUUCCUCACCAACCAGUUCUCUGAAGCACUCAGCUACCUCAAGCCCAGAACCAAGGAGAGCAUGUACCACUCGCUGACGUAUGCCACCAUCCUGGAGAUGCAGGCCAUGAUGACCUUUGACCCUCAGGACAUCCUACUUGCCGGCAACAUGAUGAAGGAGGCACAGUCGCUGUGUCAGAGGCACCGGAAGAAGUCCUCCGUAACAGACUCCUUCAGCAGCCUGGUGCACCGCACCACUGUGGACCAGUUCACGGAAGAGGAAAUCCAUGCUGAGGUCUGCUAUGCAGAGUGCCUGCUGCAGAGAGCAGCCCUGACCUUCCUGCAGGAUGAGAACAUGGUGAGCUUCAUCAAGGGUGGCAUCAAAGUCCGAAACAGCUACCAGACCUAUAAGGAGCUGGACAGCCUUGUCCAGUCCUCACAGUACUGCAAGGGGGAGAACCACAGGCACUUUGAAGGAGGAGUGAAGCUUGGUGUAGGAGCCUUCAACCUGACGCUGUCCAUGCUUCCUACUAGAAUCCUGCGGCUGCUGGAGUUUGUGGGGUUUUCAGGAAAUAAGGACUACGGGCUGUUGCAGCUGGAGGAGGGCGCAUCAGGACAUAGCUUCCGCGCUGUGCUCUGUGUCAUGCUGCUGCUCUGCUACCACACCUUCCUCACCUUUGUGCUCGGCACCGGAAACGUCAACAUCGAGGAGGCAGAGAAGCUCUUAAAGCCCUACCUGAAGCGCUACCCUAAGGGCGCCAUCUUUCUGUUUUUCGCGGGGCGGAUUGAAGCUAUUAAAGGCAACAUUGACGCAGCUAUCCGGCGGUUUGAGGAGUGCUGUGAGGCCCAGCAGCACUGGAAGCAGUUCCACCACAUGUGCUACUGGGAGCUGAUGUGGUGCUUCACCUACAAGGGCCAGUGGAAGAUGGCCUACUUCUACGCCGACCUGCUCAGCAAGGAGAACUCCUGGUCCAAGGCCACCUACAUCUACAUGAAGGCCGCCUACCUCAGCAUGUUUGGGGAGGAGGACUACAAGCCGUUCGGGGAUGACGAAGUGGAGCUGUUUAGAGCUGUGCCAGGCCUGAAGCUCAAGAUUGCUGGCAAGUCUCUACCUACAGAGAAGUUUGCCAUCCGGAAGUCCAGACGCUACCUCUGCCCCAACCCUAUAUCGUUGCCAAUCCCUGCUCUGGAAAUGAUGUACAUCUGGAAUGGCUACGCUGUAAUUGGGAAGCAGCGAGAACUCACGGAUGGGAUACUCGAGGUUAUCACCCGGGCCGAAGAGAUGCUGGAAAAGGGCCCAGAGAACGAGUACUCAGUGGAUGAUGAGUGCUUGGUGAAAUUGCUGAAAGGUCUGUGUCUGAAAUACCUGGGCCGCGUCCACGAGGCUGAAGAGAAUUUCAGGAGCAUUUCUGCCAAUGAAAAGAAGAUUAAAUAUGACCAUUACUUGAUCCCAAAUGGCCUGCUGGAACUUGCCCUGCUGUUUAUGGAACAAGGCAGAAAUGAAGAGGCCAUCAAACUCUUGGAAACUGCCAAGCAAAACUACAAGAACUACUCCAUGGAGUCAAGGACACACUUUCGAAUCCAGGCAGCCAUGCUCCAAGCCAAGUCUUCCCUAGAAAAUGGCAGCAGAGCCAUGAUCUCAUCGGUGUCCUUGUAGCUUUGUACAGCACUCCUGGGCUGGAAGAUGAACAAAGACAGCUGGACAGAGCUCCUAGAAACAUUUCAAAAAGAUCUCUCUUCCUGCCCUGCCCUGCCUUUGGGGCCCACCGGUGCUCCAGCGGGAUGGCACAACAUGGGUAUCCGUGCUGAAGCAAAGCUGGCAUUUUCCCCCGUGUGGCCAAGGGCCUUUGCCAAGGACAGAGCAGGUGGAGCCCUCUGCCUGCCCUAACACACAUACGGGUACUUGUUUUUUUCACUGUGAUGUUUAAGAGAAUGUAUGAACAGUUUACAUUUUCCUUAGAAAUACACUGAUGGGAUCGUAGUUGGCUAAAAAAAAAAAAAAAAUACCCAACAACAAAAACCACCACCAACCACCUGUAAAGCUUUGUUUUAACCCAUACUGAUCUGGAGGGAAUCUUCUUAUAUGUUGCCAAAGGCCAACUUGUUUUUCAAACUUCAGAAAGGCCUCAGCUUCCGGGAGGCUGGAAGGACCUUCCUUUCAGAGGCACUGGGGACUGUCCAGGAGGGCCUGUGCCUCAGGCUCUGACUCGUCUGGGGGUUGGGUAGAGGCAGAGGUGGCACACAGACACCUGCUACCUUACUUACUUCUCACACUUCAUUUUCACAUCCUUUGUAACUUUCCAAAUGAAAAAUCAAAUACAUCUUUUUAGUGACAUAAUUUCAUUUGAGAUCAUCUGUAGAAAAAUCAAUCUCCCACCAGUAGGGAGUGGAGAAUGCUGAGGCCUGAGGGGAGACAAGCUUUUCUGGCCCUUUCUGUGCCAAAGCCAGGAAGUGGAGGGAGGUGCUCACAGGUUCUCAUUCUGCAUCCUCAUUAUAUGCCAACCUGAAACCACUGGGAAUAAUUUAUGAAACAUAAAAAUUAAUCUUCUGUACUUUACUCCAAGGCACAGUUAUUUUCUGACAGCAUUUUUCUCAGAAAUAGAACGGUCAUUCUUG